AUGUCAAAGAAGAAAGGUUUGAGUCUCAAUGAAAAGCGGCAAAGAAUGUUAGAUUUCUUCUACGAAAAAAAAGACUUCUUUCAGCUUAAGGAGUUGGAAAGGCUUUGUCAGAAAGAAAAAGGUAUCAAUUCUAUGUCUGUAAAAGAUGUGUUGAUGAGCCUUGUUCAUGAUGGUUUGGUCGAUACCGACAAAAUAGGAACUAGUGUUUACUUUUGGGCGUUUCCCAGUAAAGCUGCUCAAAAACUUAAAUGCAACAUAGAGAAAUUGACGGCAGAUAUUCAAAGCACACGCAACCAGAUUUGUAAGACAACGAAAACGCUAGAUGAAGCCUUGCUGAAAAGAGAAGAUACAGAAGAGCGAAACAGAGUUAUUAACGAGCUAACUGAACAGAAACGGUUGCUUGAAUCACUUAGUUUAGAGCUUCAAAAUUUGAAAAAAUACGAUCCUGACCGCCUGUUGGAGCUGAAAGAACAAGAAUUAGUAGCUCUUGAUUCUGUUAAUCGUUGGACGGAUAAUAUAUUUGUGAUCAAGUCAUGGUUAAAUAACAAAUUCUCGCUUGAUGAAGCUACGUUUUGUCGCCAGUUUGAAAUACCGGAAAAUUUUGACUAUAUCUCUUAA